AUGGCGAUCAGUGGACACCAUUUGGUGUACAUUAUGAUUGUUGGGGUUUGCUGUUUGAACUUGACAGUGGCGGAAACAUUUAUCAACGGAGAUAUAACAGAAGAUACUAAUUUUUCGUCGGCUGACAAUCCAGUGUAUGUGACCGGAAAUGUAACAAUUGUGACCAACGUAACACUGACCAUCCAGGCAGGAGUGCAGAUGCUGUUUGCCGAAGGUGUUGGUAUGUACGUCGAGGGAACGUUGAUCACAAAUGGAACUGAGGACGAACACGUUUUAAUGACGGGUUUUGGAAAUUCAACUUUUUCUAGAGAAGAUUGGCAACAUAAGUGGUCACACGUGCGACUGGUCAGUGGGAGUAACCACCUUGAAGGACGGGUUUUGGUGUAUAUGAAUGGCAGAUGGGGAAAAGUGUGUGUAUCGUCACAAAAUUAUGCAAAAGUUGCUUUGGUUGUGUGUCGUCAGCUAGGAUACGAAGGCGGAUUUUAUAGAAAUUUUGGAAGUGGACAAGAACCAAUUCACCUUAAUACUUUAUAUUGUGAUUCGACAGAGGAAACCAUUUUUGAUUGUUUAAACAGAAGAUACACAUAUAACGAUGGCUGCUAUGGAUACUCCAGUUUUGGGGUAGUUUGUAAUCAACCGAUCAUUCAAAAUGUUACUCUGUCAAACAACUCUUACUGGGCUGGUCUAAGGUGGCUAACAAGCGGACUGCAUGAAACCCAUAGCGUUUUGAAAUACACGGACAUUUCACUUGCUGGAGUCGACGCAAAUGGAGAGGCUGGUAACCCCGCAAUUUAUGCAUAUUCAAGUAAAUUACCCACUUUGUCAAAUGUUAAUAUUGGUGAUUGUGUUGGGUCAGGCGUAAGAUUCUCAAGUAAAGCUUCUGAUAUUAAUAUCAAAGAUGUUGUUGUCAGUAAUAAUCUUGGUUAUGGAAUAGAGAUAUCAACCUUGGGACCAAUUUCAAUAAGUAACUCUGAAUUCAAUGAAAACGCGUUUGAUGGUAUUGCUAUAUUUGACGUCGAUUAUGGUAAUCUCUGGGUUGAAGACCUAUGUAAUAAUGGAAGUAAGGACACAUUUAUCGACGCGUUCGAAUAUAGAAAUAUUUUUAAAUCAUCAGAAGAUUACUACCUUCAGCCUUGUCAACGUACAUUUUUCACGAAGGAAGGGUACAUACUGAAGGUGAAAAUUGUGGAACUUAAUUGGCCUAAUCGACUGAAGUUUUAUGAUGGAAACGACACUUCAACCUUAUUACAAACAGUUACAAGUUUACAAGACGAGGCUUUAAUAUCAGUGUCAAAUGUGAUGACAAUUCGAUACGAAUGUCGUUAUUAUAGUUAUUAUUACCGGUACUGUCUUUACAACACUUUCAAAUUCAUCAUUUGGAGUGAGCCAAUGACAGCCUCGCCGGAAAUUAGUCAUACGACUUUAGCUGAUAACAAGGGGAACGGGUUGACCAUUCAUACGUAUAUGUCGGAGCUAAAAAUUAAUGACCUUACAGCAAUAUACAACCGUGGAAGUGGACUGCACACCCAUGACAGAAUACACGAUCUCGUUGUAGCAUCAAGUAACUUCUCUGGAAAUUCAUUUAAUGGAAUUGACAUGUACAAUAUUGUCAAUAUGUUUAUUAACACAUCAUUUGUUAAUGGAAAUGAAAUGAAUGGCAUGCUUUCCGGAAAAUAUUCUUAUCUUACUCUUCAGAACAGUGUGUUUGAUAGUAACUUAGAAAAUGGCCUCUUCAUAAACGAGGGACAGUAUAAUGAUUACAGUUACAGUUACAAUCUCCAUCUUGACAAUAAUUCAUUCUCGUACAAUAGAGGAAGGGGCAUUUUGCGGAGAGAUUAUAGUGUAUAUGUGAAUGUAUCUAUCCAUGGAAAUUCUGUUAGAUACAAUCAGAAUGGUGCGAUAGAUCUUGGGACCAUACUAUCACGUGGUAUCAAAGUAAUUGGAAAUGACAUAUCAAUUAAUGCAGGCUAUUUCCUGAUACAUAUAGAUGUUACAGCUUCAAGGGUAGGAGAGGCAAUGACAAUUGUGUCGAACGUGCUCUUCAAUAACUCUUGUGAACGGCUUUUAUUUUUCAGUACAUCAUCUUCUUCCUACUACAUAAAUAUUGAGGAAAACGUGAUGGAAAACAAUCAACCAAAAUUGAGGUUUUCAAAUUCCGUCUGGACUUCGUCUGUCAUAUUCCUAAUUUCUUCUAGCGUCUCUAUGAAAAACAACAUUUUUGUUAAUCCUAAUUUCAUGUACGAAGUCGCUGUUCCUGGCCGAGACAAAUUGUCAACAGUGUCAAUAAACGCUAGUCUAUCGUGGUGGGGCUCUACCGACUGCUCCUUCAUUAACACACGUAUCCUAGAUGGGAAAACGCGGGCUUCAUAUCCUUUAGUGCAAAUCUCACCAUAUCGUGUUGGGUAUAAUCUUUCAGAUGUAGAUUAUCGAUCAUGUAUACAAUUGGGGUUCAUCAGUGAGCCAGGAUCAACAAUAGGUGGCAGUAUAACAGGUAACGUCACAUUAAGUUCUGCCAACAAUCCAUACAGAGUGGUUCAUGACAUUGUCAUACAACCAGAAGGUACCUUAUUACUUGAGGCAGGUGUUAAGUUGUUGUUUGACUUCUAUACUGGAAUACUGGUUCACGGAACACUUAUUGCCGAAGGCAACAUCACGGAUGUGAUAAGGAUGGAAUCGUUUGACAGUUCUAAUGAAACAAUUCAAUUGAUUCGAUUAUCUGGAGGCAGCAAUCCAUGGGAAGGUAUUCUAGAGGUCUCCAUAGAUGGUCAAUGGGGCUCCGUCUGUUACUACAGCAACUAUCAUAGCUGGAAUAGUGUUGCUGCUCGAAUAGCUUGUCGGCAACUCGGAUAUACAGGCUACAUCGGGUAUAUGACCAGUACGUCAAAUCUGAUGGACAUCCUAGAUACUUUCGAAUGUGAUGAACGCAUUCAUUCGAAUAUUGUUUCAUGCGGGUUCAAGAAUCCAUCGUAUUUUUGUUCCUCUUAUGGUAAAGUAUUUUUAACAUGCAAUCCCGGAAGGUGGCAAGGUAUCCGGUUCGCUCUUUCCUCUAAACGGAGUUCAAUGAUCCACACACAUAUCAGCUUAACUGGAGGGAAUGUCCAAGACUUCAAUAUCUAUUCUGAUGCCGCUAUUCAAGUAGACCUUCACCACCAUCAUUUCUUUAAUAUUAAUUUAUAUAAUGUAAAUCAAGGAUUCCUUUUCUACAUCGAUAAUCCAUUCUUGAACGUUGAUUCAGUAUUGAAUACGUACAUCAACUGUUCUGGAUCUGGGUAUGGCGUUUCCAUUUAUUCUCCAUCAUAUUACCACGACCAGGCGAUCAUUGAAUGUGCAACUGGAAUUUACCUAUCAACCAUGUCUUCCACGCAUUUAGAGGAUAUUCGGCAUUACACUCACAAAAGUUCCGUACUAAAUUAUUUUGAAUCUGACCAAUCAGUAUUCUUCUCUGAUUUACUCGUUCUGGACAUUCUACCACCAGAGAAAAUCUAUAAUACACAUACUCGAAAUUUCACCGUACAGCCUGGCAACAUUAUCGCAAUCUAUGUAUAUCAACAAUACUUUCAUUCCUACGAAUCGUUGGUUUUCACUGACACACCAAAUGGAGACACCUUACUGACACUUGAUUCCACAGUUUCAGGAAUAUUUCCAGAUCAUCAGCUGGUUCAAACGUCAUCAAACAUUCUGACUGUUACAUACAAAAAUACUAACCAAUAUUACUACCCUCGGAUAAACGCCGGUAUUUUGCUCGUAUCUUUAAAAGGUGCAGUACUAAGCAACGCAAGUACAAUUGUAUUGAAUACAGUCAAUAUACUUCAAUUUUCUAGUGGUUAUGGGUUAAGAAUGCAUUCCAAUCCAACUAAAUCGGAAUUGAGAGUCAUGAACUCGAACUUUCAAGGUAGUGGGGGAUAUAGCGGUACUCUUGUGUAUUUGGAUUAUGGCCAUGGUGGACGCGUUCUUUUUGAGCGAUGCAACAUGUCAUUUGCUAAUUAUGGUUUUAGAAUUGAUGGUACCAUUGAGACCAUUUCUAUUCGUGACUGUAAAUUCAAAGACAUUUACUAUAAUGCCAUUCAUGAUUAUAACUCUUUUACCUCUGCGACACUAAGUAUUGAGGAUUGCACAUUCAAUUCGGCAAGGUACCAUAUAUACAAAAACGCAUAUUCAAUAGAUCAAAGCACACGUGUAUAUAGAUCUUCAUUUAGUGGUUCGACAGAUGGAAUUCAGUUGAACCAUUAUGUACACAACAUUUUAUUUGAAGGCUGCAAUUUCCAAUCGAUGUCAUAUGGUGUGCGCAUUUUCUCAAAUCAUUAUUAUCAAUCAUAUAAUAAUAACGCUUCAGUAUACUUACAUGAUAUCGUUUUUCAAUCCGUGAGAGAUCCAGUGUAUGUAGAAAUAUAUGUUGGAGACAAUUCACCCUCAACUGAAGAAUGGAUUGACUUACGUGUGAGUGAUUGUGUAGUUGAAGGUAGUGAUGCCUUUCUGGAAACGUAUAUUUUUACGGAGACACUGAAUGUUAAAGUUAGUGUGAUGAACAAUAGAGUAAUGUACAGUAAACAAGCUAUUUUGAUGACAAUUUACAAGAAGAAUUUAAUCGACAAUUUAGUGUAUCUGGUUGACAUUGUAAACAAUACCAUAAGUAACAACACGGGUGAUGAUGCUAUUAUUGAUAUUGGUAGAGAAUUUCCAGUCCUAAUGACAGACGCAGUGCAGGUUGACUUCAUGAAUAAUGUUAUCCGGCACAAUGUUAUAACAAGAAGACAUUUCUUGGAUAAGUUUUCAUGCGGGUUAAUAUUGGGUGUUCGCACAGCAACCUUGUUUGGAAAUGUCUUUGAUAACGCUGGAAUCGAUAUGGAGAUCUGUAGUGCGCAUGUUUUUAUUGACCCGGACCAUUUCAUCGAUGCCCGAUCCAACUGGUGGGGAACAAGUGAGCACACUAACGUUCGCCAGAGAAUCUUUGAUAAUGAAGAUUGGAACAACCUUGCUUACAUAAUGACUAGAUCAAACAGUGAGAACCUCACUUCCGACAAAUGCAGUUCCUCGAACAUUGGUGGACGAAUUAAUGCUACUUGUCAUCUUAAUGUCGCAAAUAGCCCGUAUGUAGUCCAGUCUGACAUUACUGUCCUACGAAAUGCAGAAUUGAUCAUAGACCCUGGUGUAACUUUAUUUUUUAAUGAGGAUAAUGGAAUUACUAUUCUUGGAAAACUAACAGCAGUAGGGACAUCAAGCAGCAGAAUAGCAUUUAUGCUUAACAAUACAAAAUACUCAAAAGAUAAAGACAAGAUACGUUUAAUAAAAGGUAGGCUGUCUAGUCGGGUUGAAGGCGUGCUUCAAGUUUAUACAGACGGUCAGUGGAAAUCGGUCAAAACAUAUUCAUUCGGACAUGAAGAAGGCGAGGUUGCAUGCCGUCAACUUGGUUAUUCGUAUGUACGGUAUACAUACUCAACUCCUGAUAUCAACUCCGAGUCAUACUUAUCUAGACGAUGGUAUUGCAGUGGACACGAAUUGAGUUUAUUUGAUUGUCCAAAUUCCAAUCGUUAUUAUAACCGGUACAAUGAUGUAUGGCUGGUUUGUAAAAGUUCGAACUGGGGAAAUAUUCAAGUGUAUACUGAUUCAGAUUCAGAAAAAUCUGCUAUACAAUACGUUGAUGUAUUGAAUGCUGGAAAACUGCAUGAUUUUGACGGUGUUCCUGCAAUAUAUGCGUUUGGACCACUGAUUCCACUAAUUGAAAAUAUCCAUAUUGAGAACUGCACUGGACAUGCAAUUUUACUCGAUAGUACAACAUCGAUUAAAAUGAAAGGAAUUACUUUGAUACAGUGUGAGUUAGGUAUAUCAUCUAGAAUAUAUUCUGCGACUAAUGUUCGUGAAUGUUAUUUUGACGACGUCUACACUGGCUUGAAUAUAACUACGAGAAUAGCGAGUUUCUUUCCAUCGCAAUCAAUGUUUUAUACGGAAGGAUGUGGUACACGACGGUUUGUGAGUCCAGGUGAUCAGUUUGUCUUUCGUGACAAUGCAUGUGGAAAUAAUAAAUGUAUUAGCGUGUUUCAAUGCAUACGGAAUUGCACAAUAUUUGUAACAUUUACGCAUCAUCAAUAUUUUUAUUGGUGGUAUGGUAGAAGGACGUACGUUUAUGAUGGAAACUCGACCGAUUCUAAUCGUAUUGGGGAAAUAAGUUAUAACAGAAUCGAGACUCUGACGUUUAUGGCAACAUCAAAUGCAGUAACACUGGAAGUAUUUUAUUAUACCACGUCUUAUAGUAAUUGUCGAGUUGAUUACCAACCGGUGGAGAUACAUCUGUCGGUGUACGAGAAAGAAUACCUUCUGAAGUCAUCAAUUACCAUAGAAGAUUCCUAUUUCGUGGACGUUAUGGAUUCAGUUGUAUCAAUUGUGGAUAAUUACAUAGAGGAAGCAAUUCCAGUUGAUGUGAGCAUUUCAAAAUCAACUUUUCAAAGAUGUUCUCAAAUCAGCCAUCCCAUUAUGAGCCAUAGAAACGGGAACUGUUCAAUCACUGAAAACCUCUUCAAGGAAAAUUAUGGAAAUGUGACCAUUCACGGAACAUCAAAUUAUUCUACAAUUACUGUUGCACAUAAUUAUUUCCUUUCUAAUAGAGAGAGUGGUGUAUUGUCAGUCAAAGGUGAAUCCUCACCAGUUUAUAUAAUUGGUAACCAAUUUUACUACAAUGAGCCAUCUACUAGCAACGAUGUGAUAACAAUUAUGGAAGGAAACACAUACCUUACUGACAAUGUGUUUUAUUACAACCAUGGACGGCAUCUAAUUUUUGUCUUAGGAGACAAUAUCUAUGGUAACCGACUUAUAGAGCGCAACAUCAUGAUCUACAACACAGGACAACGUUCAGACGAAAAAUUCACCAUAUUAUUAGAUAAUAUUAACACUAAUAUUACUAGAAAUUACAUAGUAAACGCUGGUAACGAAUUUGAAGUGGCACUUACUUCACGCGUGACGUCAACAGUAGACGCUACGAAUAAUUGGUGGGGUGCAGAUGACAUCAUUCAACUAAAAAGCAGGGUUCGGGAUUCAAAGAACAUAAUUGGUCAUGCGUUCAUACAACAAGAACCGUUCUAUACUUCACCCUCUGAGUUGCCAUUUUAUAGUUCAUCAUGUCCACCGGCGUAUAGCUUAGAAGGAUAUAAAUGUUACAGUUACAAACCAGCUUCAGUCGAUUAUUCAACAGCAACUUCAAUUUGCGAAUUAGACGGGAACACGAUAUAUCAGCUCGCAGUUUCCUAUUGUCGUAAUUGCAUUUUUCGUAAUCGUGGAUCGGAUGUUGAAGAUCUAAAAAGAUAUUUAAUCAUGAAAAACGCUGAAUAUUUUCAAACAAAUCGCAUCUGGAUAAAGACAUCAAAUAAGUGUUCAUAUUUGGAGCUGAACUAUGAAAGUGGUGAACAUAGUACUGGGACGGCUGAUUGCAGCGAGCGAUAUCCAACUGUCUGCGAACGUGCUACAAGAAAUCGAUGUCCUAACAAAUGCAUGGGUAAUGGAGUGUGCCAGUAUAGGACAUGCAUAUGUGAUCCAGGGUGGUCAGCGAAAGACUGUUCAAAAUAUAUAUGCUCCGAUGGAUGCUCGAACCAUGGUACAUGUGUGGGACCGAAUGUCUGUCGAUGGAUCAAGCUGUACAUCUAGCUACUGUAAUCGUUUUAGAGACUGCAGGUCAUGUGCUAAAUUAGAAGGAUGUGGUUG